AUGAACAGCGGUGAGGGAGAGAGAGGAAGGGAUGGAGGAAGAGAGGGAGGAGAGGAGAGAAAACCUUACAAGAGCCCAAAGCUGUUAUCCCAUCCUCUCCUGACCCUGGAAGUGAUUCCCUGUGAGGGGUUGUCCUCUCAUACCUCAGCCCCGGCCCCAGCCCCUGCCAAAGAGCCCUCCACCCUGACCCAGACAGAGACAGAGCAGGGCGGUGCAGAGGGGACCACAGGCAGAGAGGAGACCCCAGGAGGGGAGAGGGGUGGACACUCACAUGGAGUCAGACUGGAGGAAGAGGAAGAGAAGCUAAAGGAGAAGAAGGAGAAAGAAAGAUUGUUACUAGUGGAUGACAGAGAGGAAACGGUGGGGGGAGAGGACCUUGCAUCAGCCUUCAGCAGCAAAGACAGAGGAGGAGAGGAAGAGAAAGAGAGGGAAGAGGAAGAGGAGAAGAGGGAAGAGGCCAUCUCAAACCAAAGCCAAACCAAAUCCAAAUGUAGUCUAUUACCUCGACAGAGCCAGCACAGCUCUGCUUCCUGCACUGUUAUGGCCAGUGGCACACUGAACAGUAACACCCUCAUCACUCCUUCCUCUUCUCCAAAACGCUCUACCUCUGCAAAGCACUCUACCACUCCUUCCACCUCUCCAAAGCUCUCCACCUUGUUUUCCUCCUCUCCUUCCUCCCAGAGCGAGACAGAGAUGAGAGACACAGGGGGAGUGCAGGGCAGUAGUCCUAGUUUUCCUCUGAGCUUUAUUAAACCCCAGAAGUCAGCCCUGCCUGAGUCCACCAGCACACCCGUUAAGGAUGAUAGGAGGGCAGACACCACUCACACUUCCCUUAUUGCCAGUGGAGACACUGCCAAAGUUCCAAAACCAAACAACAACCCGAAAGAGAGAGAUGGAAAAAGAGAGGGAGAUAAGGAUAGGGAUGGCGAGAGAGAAAGAGAGGGAGAUAAGGAUAGGGAUGGCGAGAGAGAAAGAGAGGGAGAUAAGGAUAGGGAUGGCGAGAGAGAAAGAGAGGGAGAUAAGGAUAGGGAUGGCGAGAGAGAAAGAGAGGGAGAUAAGGAUAGGGAUGGCGAGAGAGAAAGAGAGGGAGAUAAGGAUAGGGAUGGCGAGAGAGAAAGAGAGGGAGAUGAGAAUGUAAAGACCGUUUCUAAAUACCUCCACCCCUCUCCCUCCUCACCCUCCUCUCCUGGCUCACUGAACAGUCACAUGGCUUUGAUGCACUCCUGGAACUCCUGCAAGAUGCUCAAAUGCCCCAAAUGUAACUGGCACUACAAGUCCCAACAGACACUGCAUGCCCACCUCAGAGAAAAACACCCUGAGUCUGGGGGCUUGUGUGUGUGGGGGGGCUCGGGGGAGAAGUGUGUGUGUGGAGGGUCAAGGGGUGUGUGUGUGUACUGUAGCACGAGGAAGGCCCACCCUCGUCUGUCCCGGAGGGAGAGCUAUGUCUGUGAGUACAAGCCCUACUGCUGUGGUGUGUGUGAUUACGUCACGUCCUCUAAAGGAAACCUCAGCAUACACAUGCAGUCAGACAAACACCUCAGCAACGUACAGGUAGCGGGACACACACACUCUGUACACAACGGGGGCUACGCUGUCAGAGACACAGCAGGCGAACAGGGCUACGGACACACACACCCCACAGUCACACAGCCCCCUGUACACACACCACCCUACCCCAGCCAGCCCCCCUCCCAGGGUAAGAGGUGGCGGUGUGAGGUGUGUGAUUAUGAGACCAGCAUUGCCCGGAAUCUGCGCAUACACACCACCAGCGAGAAACACACGCACAACGUGCUGCGCCUGAAACACACACACAACGUACUGCAGCUGCAGAGAAGCUACUACCUGUCCCACUGCAGGAGUCUACCUCCUCAACUCACACUGCUACACAGCAUAGGUGAGAGACCAGUCACACACUGACACACAUACUCAAUAACUGUUCUGUUGGGCUCUGUUCACUGGCACAUCAAGUUAGGUUGAUACUUGAUUAUAUCCAUGCUUAUGCCGUGUGUGUGUGUUCUAGGUGGGGAGCAGUCUUUGGGUAUGCAUCAGCUAACAGCAGAGGAGCCAGUCGCCCCGGAUUCAACCCUGACGCCCUCCCCCUCUCCUCCUCCCUCCUCCUCACCAUCCCCUUCUCCAUCCCCCUCUCCCCCUCUGUCUCUCUCCCCCACUUCUCCACUCUCCUGUGGUGUGUUCCAGUGCCUGGUGUGUUCCAGUUUCUCCUCUGACAGUCUGGAGUCUCUUGGAUCUCACCUGAGUGCCCCCUGCUCCCUGCCUCAGUCUGAGUGGCACUCUCUGGUGGCUGGAGGCUGCUACUGCAGGCUGUGUGGCUACAGUACCCCCCUCAGGGCUAACUUCACCCUGCACUGCCAGACAGACAGCCACAGGGCCCAGUACCAGCUGGCUUCCCACCUCUGGGAGAUAGGGGAGAAUUGGGAGGCCGGGGACUGGGAGGAAGUUGGGAAGUUGGUUGCUACAGGCAACCCAGUCCAGCUGAAGUGUAACGUGUGUGACUUCCAGACCACCAGCUUGGAGAAACUGAAAAUACACAGCAUCAACCCCCAACACCAGGACAGCCUCAGAGUCUACAGGGUCAGUACAAACACAAGAUUUGGAGGCCUGUGGCAUUGCUGUACUUGGACUAUAAGAUUAUUUCUAAAUAUCUGGCAUAUAGACAGCAAAUAAAGCACAGGGACCAGAUUUAUUUUGUGCAUCUUUCUCUCUAUCACAGUCUAACCCCACCUCUCACCCUCUCUUCCUCUAUCUCUAGUUCUUACAGCAGUAUGACAGUGCAGUAGAUGGAGGGUCCUGGUCGUUCCACUGUGUCCUGUGUAACUACUCCUCCUGCUCUAAACUCCACCUACUGAGACAUACCCACUCCCCUGGUCAUCAGAAGAAGGAGCUUCACUACUUGCAGUUAGUGAGAGGGAGGAGCCUGGAGGAAGGGGAGGGGCUAGCAGCUAUCUUCACCAUUAGGAAGUGUUCCAGUCCUGAGACAGGUAAGAGACUCAGCUGGUCUUUUCCAAAUCCCUCCUAUCUGAAGUGUGCACUUUUUCAGUCCCCCUGAUGAAUUUAAAAGUUUAUGAUUAGUGAAGGCAUUAGCAAGAGGGAGUUUCAACCAUAUUUGUACACCAGUCCAGAACAAGUUGACGAAUAGGAUGGAGAAAAUUAACUGCAGGCCUAUAAAGUCAACUGAGAAAAGAAACUUGGAGAGAUGGAGCCGGGUGAAGAGUGAUAGAGAGAGGGAGAGAGAAGGAAUGAUUGAUUAUGGUCAGGGAUCUAUUGGGUUAAUUGAUUUGUCGAAACACAGGCUCGUUACAUCCCAUAUUGCCCCCGACAACGCUAACUUGAGACAUCGCUACUGAGACACUGCUAUUGAAGUUUAAUAUUCCAGAAUAGAGAUUUCAGGGCCAGUUACCCAGACUCAGAGCCUAAUCCUGGACUAAAAAGCACUGUCAAUAGAGAUUCUCCAGCAUGAUUUUUUGUCCAGCACUAGGCUUAAUCAAGACCCGGGAAAUCUUCCCUCAGUGUAUCAAUCAAUAGUCCAGCAGAUGUCACAAAGUGCUUAUACAGAAACCCAGCCUAAAACCCCAAAGAGCAAGCAAUGCAGAUGUAGAAGCACGGUGGCUAGGAAAAACUCCCUAGAAAGGCUGGAACCUAGGAAGAAACCUAGAGAGGAACCAGGCUCUGAGGGGUGGCCAGUCCUCUUCUGGCUGUGCUGGUGGAGAUUAUAAGAGUACAUGGCCAUUAAGGCCAGAUCGUUCUUCAAGAUGUUCAAACGUUCAUAGAUGAUCAGCGGAGUAUGAUAAUAAUCACAGUGGUUAUAGAGGGUGCAACAGGUCAGCACCUCAGGAGUAAAUGUCAGUUGCUUUUCAUAGCCAAGCAUUCAGAGGUCGAGAGAGCAGGUGCGGUAGAGAGAGAGAGAGAAGAGAGAGAGAGAGAGAGAGAGAGAGAGAACCAUUCUAAUGACUCUUUUCCUCUGAUCUAACUGUCAGGAUGAAAUCUGGUCUAACUCAGUCUGAGACUUUGUAUUAAACAGUCAAUACCAGGUAUUAGGUCUGAAUGAACUGGUCUGAACCCCAGAGGGCUUGCUAAUAGAAAAUCUAUACUGGAUCAAUUAGUAUACAGUAUGUGUGUGUGUGUUGCCGUAUAUUAACAUAUGUGUUACCUUUCUAGGGGGAAGCAGUGAGGAGGAGGGGGAGAGGAGAGAUUCCCUAUCCCCAGCCAAGCGAUCGUUCUCUAGUCUGGAGGAGACACAGAGCCCCCUCUCCCCCAAACGCCCCAGAACAGACCAGUACACCACUCACCGACAGGCUACUGCCAAGUGCCCACUGUGCAAGGACACACUGGUAUACACACACCUGAGACGUCACCUCACACUCACACACAGUGUGGCCCAGGACUGUGUGGACAAGCUCAUGAGUGCGGUAAAUGUGUGUGUGUGUGUGUGUCUGUGUGUGUGUUCUAGCUACCUUUUAUUAGCAGAAGUGCAGCCAAGCUGAAGGAGCUCACUUUUAGUGUCUCCAGCAAACAAAGAGUGCUCAUUUCUCUCCACAUCACCAAUCUCCAUUACUUUAUCCAGCAUGCUAAGUGCUCUUUGUCUCCCUCUUUGACUCAAUUGACUGCCUUCAUCCUAUUUUCCCCCCUCAUCCCUCUCUCACCCUCUCCCUACUCCCUUUUUCUUUCACUCCCUUUUCUUAUCUCUCCAUCUUCUCUCUUUCUCUAUCCCUCUCUUUCUUCUCUCUACCCCUCCUCUUUCUCUCCAUCUUUCUUUCUGUGCCCCCUCGUUCUUUCUCUAUUCCCCCCUCUACACCCCUUGUUCUGUCUCUGUCUCCCCUCCCCCCUCCCCAGCCCCCCCUUUUCUCUCUGCACCCCACCUCCCCAUUCCCCCUCUCUCUCUCUCUCUCUCUCUCUGAUGGUAGCGUAGGUUCAUUAAUUCAGACUGGGGUUAUGAUGGCCAUUAUGUUCUGCGCUUUCCAAUUUCUCUCUCUAGAUUAAGCCUGACCUUCAUUCUCUCACUGCGGCAUACACAUAUUAUGUGUAUGCAUCUCUUCUGUCUCUGCCAUGCAAGUGUGUGUGUCUUCUUUCUCUGUGUGUGUGUGUGUGUGUUUGUGGGAGUGUGUGUGUGUGUGUGUGUGGUUGAUUUAAAAAGACAGUUGAUUCUAUUUCCCUCCAUCUAUUAUUAGUGUGUAAUGGGAGAAUGAGGUGAUGUAGACAAUAAAGGAGCAUCACUAUUAUUAUUAUUCCAUCUGCACUUUCAAACAGGAAAGACAGUGUUUUGACUGACUAUAAAGGCAAUCAGUCAUCUGGAUAGAUUCAGACUGACGUUCAAAACCUUUGUUGUUGGUUUCUUUUCCAGGUGGCAGUGGAGCUGCCAGAGAUUCUGCAGAAAGAGACGCUGCAGAUGGAGUCCCACUCAAAUAUAAAGGAAUCUCAAACAAACGAUUGCAACACAAACGGCUCUUACGUGAAGGAAUCCCUCACAAACGAGUCUCAAACAAACGACUCCCAUACAAAGAAAGAAAAAGUGAUCCCAGUCAAAGAUGUCCCUGCUCUUCUCACUCCUCCCUCUGAGGACCAGCACCCAGCAGAGGACAACACCUCCCACCUCCUAGAGUCCCCCAGCUCUCCCCUUUCCCCACCCACUCUUUCCUCGCUCUCUCCCAGCAACCUCGCUUCAUCCACCUUACCCCCCUCUCCUCCCAGCAAUGCCCCUCCCCCCUCUGAUUGUCAUGGUUACAGGUUCCGCUGCGGCAGCUGCAGUCUAGCGUUCCAAACGCAGGAGAAGCUGCAGCUGCACUGGCAGUACCACGCCAUGAGGGCGGCAACAGAGUGCCACCUCUGCCCCAGACACUGCCGCAGCCAAGAGGCCCUGCAGAGACACCUGCUCAACACACACCUACAGGACCUACACCUACAGGGUACACACCCUGACCAGAGUGGAGCACACGUCCAACGACCAGUCAGCCUGGAGGGGGAGGAAGAGGAGGGGAAGAGUAUGAGUGAAGAAGAGACAGAUAAGGAGGAAGAUGAUGAAGAGGGGGAGAGAGAGCAGGGAAAGGGAGAUGAGGGAGAGGAGGAUGACCCAGGUGAGCAGGAGGAGAGGCCCAGUCCAGGGGUUGGUGAUAGUGACCAGGGUUCAAGGCAGCAGGAGGAGAAGGAGGCAGGGUCAGAACCCAGCCCCUUCAGCAAGUGCUCCAACCCCACUCUGCAGCGGUUCCUGGACCCGGCUCGGCCCUACAAGUGUUCCUUCUGCUGUGAGUCCUUCACUCAGAGAACCAUCCUGAUGGUCCACUAUAACUCUCUGUCCCACCUCCACCGAGCCAGAACCAGACGGGCCCUGCAGGACUCCAGCCCCAGUCCCCCUUACACCCCCCAGGGCCUGGAACCUAGACCCUUCCACUGCAGCCCGGCCCCGGACCCAAGGUCCUACCGCUGCAGAAUGUGUCGGGUGGCUUACAGCCAGAGUUCCACCCUGGACAUCCACCUCCGCUCUGUACUGCACCAGAAACGAGCCAGUGCAGCUCGAACCCAGCUACCGCUGAACCCCCACACCCGCCAAACCCCAGUCCCAGCCUUGGUGCAGACCCCUGCCUCCAGCCGUUCACCAGGGGGAGGAGAGGGGUCUACCAAGGGAACCCCCCCAACAGCCACCAGAUCAGCCCCUGCCUCCCCAAGUCCCUUUCCCUCCCUGAGUGAAGCCCAGCUGAGUGUGGGUGUCUCUGGGAAGGCUGAGGGCCACCAGGCUAAGAGGAGGAGAGUAGAGGACCUGACAACAUCUGGAGGACAGCAGGACCUAACGUUACUCCAACAGCAGUUAUCUCAGGUCCAGAUGCUACAACAGCAACAUAAGUUAGCCCAGACCCAGAUACAGCAACACACAGCCCUCCUCCAGCCCCAGCUCUUUAGUCCAACUCUGCUCCAGCACCUCCCCUUACUGCAGCAGAACCUCCUAAAGCAGCACCUCCCUUCAGCAGUAGAGAGUCUCCAACAGAGGAACCUCCUCUCUCCUCUCCAGUUCUCCCCAGACAGCCUGUUCUCUCUACAGCAGCAGAUGUUCCAGUCCUUCUACCUCUCUGGAGGUCUGCAGCUCAACCCUAACACAACAAUUAGUCAGACCACCUCAGCCCUCUCCCUCCAGACCACCUCUGCCCUCUCCCCUCAGACAAAUGGGCUUAAACAUUCCUCUCCAAAGCCGGCGACAACUAGCAUCCAGUCUCCAGCCCAGUCCCCGAAGUGUGAAAGCCAGGCUGAGACAGCUGACAAUGACUCCCCCCUCCACCAGACGGAGAAAGAGUCAAACCCAUCCUCCUCUCCUGAGGGAGAUAGAGAGAGGGACAGAGAGAUGCAGGAGAGCGAGAAGAGGGAUAGAGCAGAGAAGGGCCUCAGAGUUCUGCUGGAGAGAUAUGGCUGGGAGCUGGCCCUGCAAUCCAAUCAGAGCAGACAGAGACAGCAGAACAGAGAGAUGGACGGACGACUGGAGGAGGAGAAGCAGUGUGGAGAAUGUGGGAAGCGGUUCUCUGACUCUCUGAUCCUGAAGAGCCAUCAGGAGUUUGUUCACCGCCAGAUGAUCCCUCCUGUAGUGUUGGAGACGUUCUCCAGACAGUACAGGCUGCAGUAUGACCGCCUCUACCCCCUCACACCCCUCACAGCAGGGGACAAUGAUAAUACUGUUUUUGCAAACCUAACCCCAGCCUCAGCACCUGUACUUGCACCCUUACCUCCAGCACCAGCCUCAGAUUCAAUCCUCGACCAAGCCCAAUCCCUCUCCCAAGCCUCAAUCCCAGCCCUUAACCUGGCUACAACCCUAACAGCCAUAGGCCCAGACCCAGCUGUACCCACACCACCAGCAUCUGUACCUGUAACCCUCUCCCCAGCCCAAGCCCCAGCCUCACCAACACCCUCUUCUCCUCCACCCCCUUCCCAAACACAACCACUUCCAGAGCAGCAGCAGGACACUACCACUAUCACAACCACCCCUGCCCCUGACCCCUCUCCAACUAUCAUACCCCAGUCCAAACUCUCCAUACAUUUCCCCUUACCCCAACUCCCCCUGUCCCCUCUUCCUUUACCAAAUCUCCUCUCUCUUCCCUUCCCCAUAGACCUCUCGCUCCUCCCCCUUGAUCUAAUGCAGCCCAUAGCACUCCAGUCUAUGCUUCAGUACCAGUUCCUGUUAUCAUCUGGCCACCAACCACCCCUAUCCCUAUACACCAACGCUCACUCCACCCACAACCCAUCUCUACCCCCAUACACUAACACACACUGUGCUCCUAGCCUAGCUCUACCCCCAUACACUGACACACACUGUGCUCCUAGCCCAGCUCUACCCCCAUACACUGACACACACUGUGCUCCUAGCCCAGCUCUACCCCCAUACACUGACACACACUGUGCUCCUAGCCCAGCUCUACCCCCAUACACUAACACACACUGUCCUCCUAGCCCAGCUCUACCCCCAUACACUAACACACACUGUCCUCCUAGCCCAGCUCUACCCCCAUACACUAACACACACUGUCCUCCUAGCCCAGCUCUACCCCCAUACACUAACACACACUCUGCUCCCAGCCCAGCCCUGCCCUUUCUGAAGCAUAGGCUGGAGGAAGGGACAGAGGUAACGCCUAUGAGGGAUGUGAUGGCCUGUGAAAGAGAGGAAGGGGGAGAGAGAGAGGGAGAGGGGGAUGAGCAGAGGAGGGAUAGGCGCCAGAGGACCACCAUCAGUGCGGAGCAGCUAGAGGUUCUGGACCAGCACUACAGUCUGAACUCCAACCCAACACGCUCUGUACUGGAGGGCAUCACCAGGGACACAGGCCUGAAGAAACGUGUGGUGCAGGUACUCUAUCAUUCUCAUAGUAACAUUUCUAUAAUUCUGUAAUGGUGAUCAUGUUUUGUAAAAUAACAUGUAAUAACGCUGUGUUUGUCUGUCCUUCCUCAGGUAUGGUUCCAGAACACCAGGGCUCGUCAGAGGAAGGGCCAGCUCCAGACCCUGGGGGGAGGAGGAGGUCUGGGUAUGGGUGAGAACCAUAGGCGCUGUCUGUUCUCCAGGGCUCUCUUCAAGGCUCAGAACGCCCUGGACGCCCAUGUCAGGGCCCGCCACUGUUCACAGACUGACAGAGCUGCCUAUGGCCUGUCUCAUCAGAUGGGUCCUGCAGAUGACUCCAGCUUCUCUCACAACCAUGGAUCCUACAGAGACAGGGAGGGUCCCUCUCUCUCACUCCAGCCUUCUCCCUCUCUCUCCCACCAUCCUUCUCUCUCUCCCUCCCUCCAUCCCUCCCCAAGCCCAUUUCAUCCUUCCUCAAGCCCUGGGGUCGUCCCCAUUGAGAGAAAAUACAUUUCUGGGAAAACCGAUUUGUCCGUUGACCUGAACAAACCCAAAAUUGAAGAGGAGGAAAAAGAGGAGGAAGAAGAUCUGUCAGUAAAAAAAUUCCCUUCGUCUGACCAGGCUCAUGAGGGUAACCGUAGGAAUCUGUUGUCUCUGGGAUACAAUUAUGGAAUGGCGAGCUUCAACGUUCAAGACUGUGACCAGAACACCAGUCCAAGUCUGUCUGAGAGUGUGGAUAGGCAUGUACCGAGACAGCAGCAGAGGCAGCGUACCCAGAUGACCCCCCAGCAGGUUGCCCAGCUCAGAGCCUGCUACAGGGAGCAUCCUACUCCCAGCCCCCUGCAGUGUGAGGGCCUGGGACGGCAGCUGGGCCUGGCACGCAGGGUAGUGCAGGUGUGGUUUCAGAAUGCCCGGGCCAAAGAGAAGAGGGCCAGGAGCCUUAGAGUCGACCCAACCACAGGAUAG